AUGACGCACCUGCGUGAGGACGGCGGCAAAGGACAUCCCGAGAGGAAGCGCGAGAUCACCCGGCAGCUGGCGCUAGCGGAGCGGGAGGCGACACCCAACCACACGCUACGGCGGGUCAUCCAGGCAGGGUGCGCCACGCACGCCUUCGAGCGGUUCCCCACCCCGUGUGCGCCCGUUGACUCCUGCCGCGUCGCCGCGCUCAUUGAUGAGGGGACAACGAUGCUCGGCGGCGGUGGCAGGCAGCGGCAGCUCACCGCGCUCCGGGAGAUCAAGGCCAUCACCACCGAGAGCGACCGCAACAAGCGCUGCGUCGAGGCCACUCCUGGUGCCGUCGAGUUCCUCGUCUCCGUCGUCGUCCAGAGCCACGCCGCCGCCUCCACCUACAUGUCGGCCAAGUCGGACGAUGACCUGCUCGACUCGGUGAUCGAUUCCCCCAUCUCGACGAGCUCGCCGGAGGAGGAGGCCCUGGGCGUGCUCUACUCCCUCAAGCCGUUCGAGCCCACCCUGCGCCGUAUCCUCGGCAAGGACAAUGGCGGCUUCCUCGACACCCUCGCCUCCUUCCUCCUACUGAAGGCGAUGAUGUCAGCGAUGCCGCCGGAGCGGCUAGGCUGUCGCCCCAUCCGUCGCAGCAUCCGGAGCCGGACCCCCUUACGCUGCCGAUGGCGAGCGUUCCUCGAAGAAGCAGGUGAGCCGGACGACAAGGCAUCCGCGGCCGUAGCCGCCGCUGGCGAGGAGUAG